AUGCAUGCAUUAAGGGGUAAAUAUGCUUUUCAAUUGAUGCGAAAACAAUCGCUUUGGGCUCGGGUUAUUCUGAGCAAGAUUCGAGGUAAUCUUUAUGGUUCUCUACCUAUAUUAAGCUCCAAAAUGUUGAAAGCUAUUUGGCCUCAUAUACAGGUGCUGCGCGGUCAUAGUCGAUGGAUUAUUGGGGAGGGGCAAAUUGAUUUUUGGCGAGACAAUUGGCUCGGGACCCCUAUCGACUCGGAUUUUACUGGUGAAUUAUUUUCCGUGAGUGCAGGUAUGCACAUGAGAUCUCAUCUUGCUGAUUUGGUUUCGUCGGAAAUAUGGGAGAGAAUUAAGUUAAUUCAUAUUCAACCGGAGCAUAAGGAUGAAUUAAUAUUUACAAAGACUCCAUCUGGGCGGUUCUCGGUUAGCAAGUAUUGGGACUUACGACGGCAACGUGGGGUAGUGGUCGAUUGGGCAGAUAUAGUUUGGAACAAAUAUACCCCUUUUCGUCUUAAUGCGUUUAUGUGGAGAUUUCAAUGGAAUGCUCUUCCUCUUGACGACAAAAUUCAAACACGCGGGAUUCCUCUUGUGUCUCGAUGUUUAUGCUGUGUCUCUCCCCAAACCGAGAAUAGAAUUCAUUUAUUUUUUCGAUCUGAGGUGGCUAUAGCAGUAUGGAGAUAUUUUGCUCACAAAUUACAUAAACCAUACAUUGGUUUGAUUGGCUUUCAAUUGCUUCGGAAUUGGUUACAUGAUAUUCGGAGAGACACUCAGCUCGGUAUUGGCACUUUGAGUCUCUUUUUCUAUAUUGUUUAUGAAAUAUGGAAAGAUCGAUGCACGGCAUUAUUUCAAGAUAUCCCGAUGAAUGCUUCUCGUAUUAUCAAGAAGGUGGAGUUCCAAUUCACGAUUCUUAGCGGGAUUUCACUUCCUCUUACACCAGGCAAUCCGAGGGAGCAGCAAGUUUUGGCUACGUUUCAUAUUCCAUUGCGUCAGGUUUCUUCGCGAAAAGGCAGUUGGGUGGUUUGGCAUAAACCUGUGAGUAAUUGUUUGAAGAUUAACACGGAUGCGGCGCAUCGACCGACUACCUUGGCAGGAGCUGGAGUAGUCAGGGAUAAUAAUGGCGAAUAUCUCACGGGAUUUACUUUAUAUUUUGAACAUACGUGGUCGGUUUUAUAUAUUGAGAUUUUUACGAUAUUGCAUGCGAUUGUCUUUGCUGGGGAAUAUGGUUUUUCGCAAGUGGUGGUGGAAUCGGAUUCUGAAAUUGGAGUCAAAAUGAUUAAAGGUCUGACGGAUCCUCAUUGGGAAGUCAUUCAGCUGGUUCGUCGAUGUCGUCGAGCUAUUUUUCCUGGGCUACGUAUUCAAUCUUGUUUCCGCGAACAAAACCGAGUAGCUGAUGCGCUUGCCAAGGAUGCUUUGAUAUCUAAGAAAACGGAAAAUGGUGUCACUUCGGAAUCCCUUCCGUACCACAUAAAAAAAUUAUUGUUUGAAGAUAGAAUUGGGCUAUGGAAUUUUCGAAGAUAG